AUGUCAGAUAUCGGUGGCUAUGCUUGGGAUUAUAAUUAUUUCUUUGAUACAAAUCAUACAGUAUAUUCACAAUGGCGCGGUUGGCAAUGGGUACGUACUCAAUUACUUUUGGCUUUACCUCAUUUAAUCAUGGAUCAUCGUUACGGGUCCCAAUAUGACGGUCCAUGGUCUUGGGUGACUUUGAAUGGUUAUACAUCAGCACUACUCGCUGAUGAAAAUCCAGAAACAUAUCCGAUUCUUUAUCCUUCUUUACAUACUGAUAAAAUUGCAGCGAAUUUCAUGCUCCCAGGUAAUUUUGAAUUACGUUUAGAACAUUUUGCAUCGAUGGAAAGUAUUCCGGGUUUCAUCGGACAUCAAUCAGAACGUUUUUCAGCCGAUGGUGGUUUACCAUGGCAAGAUCACGAUAUAAGAGAUUUCGAUCUAAUGGGUUUUCCUUAUUCAUUACUAGCGAACGUGGCUUCGUCUGGGUGUAAUCUCAUUCAUACCAUGAUAGGAGCAAGAGAUCUUCAAGAAUACUAUCUAUUACCAGAACGAACGUUACAAUUAUGGACAUAUUGGUUACAAUGGACUGAUAAACAUCUAGAAGAAAUUCGAAAUUCUAUCCCAUUCUCGAACGAACAUAAUUGGUCAUUGAUGAAACUAAAUGGUAUCGAUGGUUUUCUUUUCUUAUUCAAUCCGAAUUAUAUUCAAGAGCAUCGAAUGAUUCGACUCGAUGGUCAAUUGAAUAUCAAAUCAUCAACCAGACGAGGCUAUUGGUUAUUAAGUGAAAUAUAUCCGGAACAAAAAUAUCUGCAACUGAUUGAAUAUAAUCAAACACUUGAUUUUCUAUUGGAUGGUCAAAGUGCUACCGUAUUCGAAUUGAGUUUUAUCUCAACUGUCUCCAAACCAAUUGUGGUCGGGGUUAGUGGAACAGCAUUUGUUGCGAAUAAAAACAUUUUGAUGAUCAAUGGAGUCUAUGGUGAAGCCGGUACACAAACAAUCCAUCCAAUUUUUGUCAUUAUGCCAGAUGAACAAAUGAUUGAAACCGUUGUAUUGAAUGGAAAAGAGAAAAUUUUCCAACAAGUAAAAGAUUUGAUCAUUUUGAUCGAUGCUCUGUCGUUUCCUGGUCAAUAUUUACCUCGUUCCGCACAAAUCAUAAAUAAUUCAAUCAUUGUCAGUGAUCUAUUAUUACAACAAUUUAUCGAACGUCAACAAGAAUACCCGAUUCCUUGGACUGAUGAUGAAUUGAAUGAAGUAGCAUGGUUAGGACCACAUCGUUUAUUACUCUUCAUAUGUAUUAUCAAUCCAGAUGAUCGAUGGAAUGUUACAGCUCAAAUCAAUAAUAUCACUGUAGCCGUACAUAAAGGAUAUAAUACUCGUGAUACUCAUAAUAGAGAUCGAUUUAUGGGUUUUUAUCUUGAUCUAACAAACAUUGUGGAAAAACCGAAUAUCGAAUAUUCUUUGUCAUUAGAAAUGCCAACAUUGGAUCCAGGACUAUUUCAAGGACUAUUUCUAGAGAAUAUAGAACGUAUCUUGGUUGAAGCAUAG